GAAACUGCUACUUCUUACCUCUAUCGGCGACAUCGAUAACUAAUAUAUAUCCGUGGGUCGAUUUUCCUCACGUCAACAGAAUUCUCCUGAUUGUACUGUCAGCUGUGUCAGAAAUAUUAGCUAUUAAAUAUUUAGUGAAACAAAUAGCUUAAACAAUGUCUUUUGGCGAGAAAAUAGCGUCUAUAAUGGAAAGACCCGGACAGGAUCCAGUCACCAAAGACGAAGUGCCUUGGUGGAUGAAGUACGCUGGUCGCGGUGUAGGAACAAUCGGUGGUUUUUUCGCUAUCCUCCUCGGAGCAUGGGGUUGCGUUGGUAUUAUAAUGGGAUCGGUGUCUGCUCUGAUCGCUGGCAUGUGGCAGAUGGUCGCAGGUUUUCUCGUCAUUAUAAUUGAAGCGCCGUGCUGCUGUCUUUUCAUCGACUUUGUACAAAACCUCAGUGACUGGGUGGAUCGAAAACCGUAUUGGCAAAGAGCCGCCGUUUAUUGCCUAAUUGCGCUUCCAGCUAUUAUUCUCGAUGCUGGAUUGGGCACCAUAUUUGGUAGUGGUUUGAUAUUCGCAACAGGAAUAAUAUACGGUUUAAUGUCCCUCGGAAAGAAAGCUUCGGUGGAUGACAUGAGAAUGGCAGCAGCGGUCGAGACGCAAGUAACACCAAGUUCAAACAUGAGAUCAACGCUUGUAGAAAAUGCGCAUCCUAUCGGAUUUUCAAUUGCGCCUGACAGCAACGUCUGAUCAUAUUAGCAACAAAUUGGCAGCUAGCCAAGCGUCUUGAAUGAAUUAAAAUAGUAGCUGAGUCGACGAAAUUUCAAUCACUAUAUAGACUUUGGUGUUCUUUGUUUAUGUAUUUAAAUCGAUUACUUUCUGACGAGUAAUCACAGUGGAUUUGUAAUAUAUAUUUCAAUCGGAGUAACUGAUAAUGGAUUCGUAUGAUUGACUAUGGAAAUCAUUUUUCAGUAUGUUAUAAAUCGAUUAUGUUUCACUGUAAAUUCAUCAAACACUGUGCGUAUAAUUAACGAAACUCAUUCUUGAAUUUAUCACAACUACUCAGAUUUACAGGGUGGCGACAACCGGGAAUACUGGGAAAACCAGGAGAACCGGGAAUGGUCGGGCAAUUUCAUCUAUUGGGAAAAGUCAGGGAAAAAUCAGGGAAUUAUGAUGGUCUACAGGGAAAAAUGUAUUUUUUAUAAAUUAUUUUCAAACUUCAACUAGGCUGCGUAAAUUCAGCCAAGCUCGCUUUUGUAAAUGGUAUUGUGAAAUUUCUGUGCAGACACACACGCGCACACAGCUUUUAGUUGUAAAAGCUGCUCAAUAUUGCCUGAGUUUCAUGGAAACAGGUCAGGCAAUUCAGAAUUUUUCGAUGGGAAAAGUCAGGAAAUCUUAUUCGGGCAAAAUUGUCGCUACCCUGAUUUUUGACUCACGUAUUUAAUAUUUAAGCCAUGUAAGCCGUUUAUCUUGCUCGAUGCAAAGUACUCGAGGUAAGGUAGACAAAGGGUUGCUCCAGGCUGCUCCAAGCUGCUCCGAAAUGAUGGAGUAAAAAUGAAAUUGUCAUUUGUAGUGAAAAUCAUGUUAUAAGUUGUAGCUAUUGCUUAUGAGGCCAAAGUAAAUGAACGACCAGUCUUGAGAAAAAGUUAGUUGCUUGUUCGUAAACUCAGCUAUUACGAAAUCAGACGUUUAAACGUGUCAAAGUGCUUGAAUAUCAACGAGUUCAGCCAAAAGUUUAAGCAAAAAGUUAUAUUUUGUAUUCAGUAUUUGAAUUCAAUAAUUAAUUUUCAAUCGAUUUAACAAUUACCCGACGGUAUAAGUGAUACGUUAUUCAUACACGGAAAAUGUAAUAAAAUCUUGAAUACUGAAUACAAAUGAUAACAUAAUUUCUCUUUUAAAAAAAUGGUGUGUCUGGUCAUUGAUAAGUGUCUUUCAACGGAUUGUGCGGUAUAGCCAAUUUAUCACGUACAUAUUGAGCGAUGUAUUUUUAUUUUUAACCCGUUGACGUCCGCCUGUCUCGACGAAAAAAACUACGGGUGUCUUAAUUUUAUGCAAAUUGCUACUGAACAACAAUUACAUAACGUCGAUAAUUGACACAAGACAACACCGAUAGUAGUUGUCUAAACUGAACAGCGUUUCUGGCAGCAUAAAUCAAUAUAAGUGAUAAUUGUUGUAAUCUUAAGUAAAUUAUUUUUUCCUUUUUUUCUUUGUCGCAUAGUAUUACAUUAGCUUUAGUAAGUAAUUGUAAAUUAAUUUUUUCCCAGUAUUUCAUUAAUACGAACUGUUGCCAAUUAUACAAUUGUUACAUCAAAGAAAUUCGAUUUUUCAAUGCGUACGUAUACUGCGAUUCUGAUGUUACUUCAUAGCAGGCUAUGAAUGUGAAAUAAUGAACGGACACAAACUCCUAAAUACUAAACGAUAUCCAGUGGAUUUAUAUGAGCAAACAGGAAAAAAAGGGUGACAAUGACAGUUUAAAGGAUAAUGGAAUAGAUUUUCGGACAUCAAUGGGUUGACUCCUUUUCCUCUGUCAAACACACUGCGGUUUUACAUCCACUAAUUGUUAACCUUCUGAUCCGUGUCUUCAUUUAAUUUCUAGAAUGUAAAUUCUUCUUGAUUCCAUUAGAUUUUAGAAAUAAAUAUUGCCGAUUAUUUUUAGUUUAACAAGUACUAUUAAAUUCUUGAUUCCAUGGUUGAGUUCACUUUUUUUGACAGAGGAAAGAGGAAAGUUUUUAACAUAAUACAUAUAUUCUGGCACAUUCUAAUAAUUAUCCUUACUUCCCAUUUCAUUUUCUCCUUUCAAUUCCGAAUGUGCCAAGUUAAUAAUUGCUCACUAUGAUUACAAUUGAUUUUUGUUGUGAUCCAAGUUUUAUUAUUCCAAUAAUUAUGAUGUCAUGAAUUUUCCUGUGGUAUCAUGUGUUUUGAACACGUGUCAUUCCACUAUGCCAAAUGUUGUUUGAUGUUUUUUCUCUUCACUUUUCAAACAGCCCAGUUAUCAUUCCACAUCCCAACGAAACUACACAACAUUUUUCUGUCUACUCCUUUAAAUUAAGUAACGUAUUUAUUAAGAGUAAAAGACUAAAUGAUAUCCUCGUUACUACCCCUAAUUAGCUCAAUUUUUCACGAAAAUUCCAGUGAAAAACGAGCUUUCAUAUCAAUAUCAUAUUCCCGAUUAGUAUUUUUCUUGAAAUUAUGCAACGAAUUUUUUAACAUUCAUUAAAUUUUUAGCCGAAGUCAUUUUCUUUGUUGUUAUUUCAAGAAGAGAGAAUAGAAUAUAAUGUUGCUAGGCACAUUGAAUUUCACGUUAGAAUUAUAUAUUUUUUUCCGCGUUCCGAAAUAUUGUCAAGGUAAAGGGGAAAAAUAAAGAGGUGAAUCAAAAUAUUUCAUACUUUUUACAAAGUUGAAUAAAUAUCGGGAAGCAAUUUUUAUGAAUGGAAUUCACUUCUUCCGCGCUAACCAAAUAACUUAUGAUAUAACUUCAACAUUCAUCGUAGUAAAAUUAUUAUGAUUUUGUCAAUGAUUAUUUUUUAUCCGCCCUGAAUACUCAGUCACAUACAUGCAUAUAUAUUUUAAAAGAAAAUAUUUGACUGUCGUAAAGUGUAAAUCGAUGCAUACAAUUUAGACAAAAUGUAGUGUUAACAUGUACCGAUAUAACGUGAUUAGUGACAGAUAUACAUAUUUAGAAUUGUUGAAUUAGUUACGUAAUUGUUGAAAGUCAUCCCAAAUCAGUUGCAAUCUAAUCGAGUGUCGAUAUUGGUCAGAGAAUGUGUACAACGGGGAAGUUCCUACAUGAACAACAAGCAGAUUGCUACUCCCUGAGAAAACCUUGUCUGGCACUAUCUGCACUAAUGCUAUACGUCCUUUAUUUCCAUUCUGUACGCGGUAACUAUUAUCAAUUUAAUCGCCAUGCCAAAGAUUGCAGUCCCGAUGUAAAUACGAGGAUACUUCUUCCAUUGUUGUGAAUUACGUCUUACUUAUUUGUAUAAUUUCAACGAUUUCCAAUAUACUUUGCGUAAGGUUUGAACAAGUCUGUGCUUAUUUGUGAUUGCCAGUAACAUCCGAAAGCUGCUUAAGAUUUCUCGCUUCUAUCGCCGCGUUGCUGACCAGCCGAAGUGCAAAGUGGGAAAUUAUUAUAACGGGAAAUUGUUAAGACGGAUAAUGUUUUAGGAUAUAUCAAUACAUAUUGUAAUUAAAACGGUUACGAUCGAUUUAACCUGAUGAACGAAUUACUUACUAAAGGGGUACAUGAAAUCAAAGCAUCGAAGAGUUUUUGGUUUUACUUUUUUUUGUUUCUAGCGCGUGCUUGUAGCUUAAAGAAAUAAUCCAUUAAUGAAUUUGGCUUGUUUCAAGAAAUCUGCUUCGCUCAGUGUGACGAGGAAAGAUGAAGGUAUCGAUGGAUAAAAAAAUAUUUUUAAACAAGUUUCAAAAAUUAACAAGGACCACAUGUACUUCCUCCAGCGAGUAAUCGGUCAUCUUAGGCUAGAAUCACAUCUAUUAUAUCUGGUUAGGAUUAUUUAUAGGGACUCGUCGCAUCGCUGCGUGUGAAACUUAUACAUAUAUAAAUAUAUAUAUACGUUGCGUUACGAUAAACUGCGGUUGCAUAUGCAUACAUACAAUUGUAUCGCUCCUCGAAUCCAGGCUCUAAGUAGAAUUGUUGAUUAGGUAGCUGUUCGAUUCAUGCGUAAAGCGUAGGGAAUUUUAUGUAUCGAUCAUUCGGGUGUAUCACAUACCCAUAGUACACUGUGGUUUUCUUUUUUAAGAGUUAAGAUUACUAUUAUUUAAUAAUUAUACAUAUAAUAGGGUAUACAAUUAUUAAUACUAUAAAUACACUAUACGUACGAUAUGCAUAUAAAUAUAACAAAUAUUUAACCACAUAUGAUACGUAUAAUUAUAUGUUGAUGUGUAAUGAAAUUGUCAAUACAUGAAUCGGAUAUAAUAUGAA